AUGUAUGCAUUUACUCUAUUUCUAAGAAUUCUGUUCUUGGGUUUCGCAUUGCCAAGCUUAUCAAAUGAGUAAACUUGCCCUACUUAGAUAUUUCCAAUUAUGAUAGGAGGAGCUAUUGGUGACACCUAUUUCGUGGAUUUGAAAGAGGAUAAGGAGAACAAUUAUUAUGUAGCUGGCUUAACUAAUGAUGAUUAGUAUAUGCAAGUGGCCCCCGAUCUGUCUGAUUACUACCCUUUUGUCAUUAAAAUAGGCAUUGCAAAUGUAUAGCAUUGGAAUCAUAUUCUAAAAGACGACCCUUUAUCUGGAUUAGCAUAUUUUUUUGGUAUUUGUUCUGUAUCAGACUUAGAGACGCCAUUUCUUGGAUAAAUCAAUUAUGAAUAAUAAAUCGUUUUAGGUAUUGCACUUUAAAAUUCAAUCUCUGUAGAUGACUUUGAUAUUUUUACUGAAUUGGAUAAUGAAAAGACAAGCAUUAUUCUUAGCAUGAAUGUAGUAGAUCAACUGGAAGCUUCAUAUCAGAUUGGGUGGGUUUAAAUAAAUCAAGGCAUUGUUAAUUUAUAAACAACAAAUUUGAACCUUCAAAUUUCGAUUCCAAUAUUCUUCAUAGGUCUAAAGAUAUUAAGUUUAAACGAAGCAUAAGUUUUAAUCACAGAUGGGAAAAUGCUGUUUUUUAUAUUUAUAACUAAGGAAAGUAGAACUAUAACAGAAAAUUAAAUAUUCCCAGGACUUUCAAGUAAAAAUUCAAUUUCUAAAGCAUUUUAUUCAAGUAGAUUAGGAUUUAUUGCCAUUGGAGGAUUUAUUUCACUAUAUAACUGUGACGAAAUGAACCAGGACUUAAGGAUAAAUAAUCAGGUUGGAAUUUUGUAUCCUUUUAAUGAGACCUAUAGAGCAGCAGGCAAUGAUUAACUUAUUCUCCUAACAAAUUAGCUUCUAGGAUUUUAAAAUGCUACAUUAGAUAUAUCUUAAGUUAAUAUUGAAGCUUAAGAUUUAACUGAUUCGUUCAAAUAUUUUACCACUGUAAAAUGA